AUGAUCGGACCGCGAAGCGAGCCGCAGGAGCGACUAACGCACAUCCUCAUGGAUCACGACCUACAUCCGAACCCCAGAGGCGAUUACAUGAUCCCCUCCUUGGAGAGCCCUUUGUGGCAGACUUUGAAGGUGCCGGAAGCCACCCGCAAGAGCAUCAUCCAGCGGAUCAGCCGUAUCCCGCACGAAGUUUUGUCGCAGCGGGUGAGCUGGAGCGGCGACUCGGAAAUUUGGGUGGGGCGCCACAAAAUCAGCUGCCGCUCCCGGGACGUCCAAGCCUUAGACUCCAGAUGGGUCUUUGCUCCAAAAGACCAAAGCAGCAAACCCUUGGAAAUUGCGAGGUUAUUGGCGCUGUACAGUGUCUUUGACAAUCCUCUGAGCCAUCGUCGCAACGGGGUGCACCUGGGCCUGGACCCGGUGAUUCGCCGGCACUGCGACUUCGAGCUCUUCGCCUCGCCGCUGAACGCGGCGGUGCCCAACGGCCACUUCUCCAGCAAAUGGCCACACGUGGAGUGGCGUUUUGGCUCCAUCGGCUCUUACCCAACGGUCAUCGACCAUCUUCCCGUCAACUCGGUGGUGUGUAUCAACCCGCCCUUUACGGACGGGGCUGUGGGCUUUUUUGGAGGGGAAGCCUACCUCGCGGACGUGAUGGCACGCCUGGCCGAGCUGAAGCUGCGCUUCCGCUUGCGCAUGGCGGUGCCCAUCCUGGAAGCUCCGUGGCGGAAGAAGCUGCACAGCUCCCUGCCGGUGCCCCAGUUGCUGAAAACCUACUACGAUGCCACUGCAGAGACACCUGCAGACGUGCUUCAUCCCACCCUGUUGUGGGAGGACCCGAGGUGCCCUCCAAGACCCAGCACUCAGAACGAGAAAGGCCUAGGAGAUGGGACAGUGAUCACUUCGGCUCCCCCGUUGGUGCCCAUGGGUCGAAUGGAUGGCUCGCUUGCCUCCAUGGUGGAGGGUCAGAUGGGUCGCGAGUGUCGCCUGAUCCUGUGA